GUUUCUCCUUGCGCAAUCAGAUCCAAGUCGCACUCCAUGCAACUGAUUACCUCCAGCCGCCGCCAUGGCCAACCACGAGGGAAGGCGCACUUGGUGCACGCCGACGCCGAACCGUGCCGCUCCCGGGAGCAGCGAGCGACGGGGAAGAGCUGACGACGAUGGCAGCGUGGACCUGGAGUUGGGGAGGAAGGACCCCACGGAGGUUGCGCUCAAGACCUCGCCGUGGGGGCGGACUGCCGCCGCCGAGGCCGGUCACCGCCUCGAGUUGUUGGGAUUGGGAGGCAAUGUGCUCCUGGACGAAAAUAAAGAGGGCAGGACGACCAAGAUCCUCGCGUUCCUGCCCCUGGCGGUGGAGGCCACCGCGGCGGUCGCCAUGGCCGUUGGCCUCGCAAGGGGAGGCUGGUACGGGGACAACGCCUUCGUAGUCAGCAUCGUCGCUCUGAUCGCCGCUGACCUCGCCGUUGACCUUGUCGAAGGCUACAUUGCCGGCAACGCCACGGCGGCCGCACUCGUAGCCCGCCUCGCGCCGUCCCCGCGGAUCUGCAGGCUGCUCAGGGGCGGCGUGUGGUCGGAGCAGGACGCUGCGGUGCUCGUGCCAGGGGACGUCAUCCGCAUCAGGCCCAGCGACGCCGUCCCGGCGGACGCGCGGCUGCUGACGCCGCAGGUGGUGAUGAUCGACCAGUCCGCACUCACCGGACACCGCCUCCCGGCCACCAAGAAUCCUGGCGACGCCGUGUACGCUGGCUCUGCCUGCGCCCACGGCGAGGCCGAGGCCGUCGUCCUAGACACCGGUGCCCACACCUACCUCUGCGACGCCGUCCGCCUCGCCGACACAACUGAAGGCGACCCCGAGGCCCAACUCAUCUACUGGAUGUUCAAGUGGGCAUGGAACGCGGGCGUCGUCGCCACGUGUUUCCGUGUGGUGGUCGACAUCGUCGCCGGUCACGUCGUGUUCUACAGUUUCAUGCUGGGCAUCGCCUUAAUAUUGGGCCUGGCGGGCUGGAUGUUGUGCCACGAGACCUUGUCGCCGUCGCAUCACUGGCGCCAGUUGCGCCGCCGGCGGGAGCGCGACCCGGAGGAGCUCAUGCGCGGGCUGGAGGACCUUCGGCGGCAUGGAGGAAUCUCGGAGGAGACGCUCCGCAAGGGCCGCGAUCUGUUCGGGGCAGAACCUGUCUCCCGCGAGCUGGUGGCGAAGCUGGCCAACCACUUCGGGUGGGUGAUACCGGAUGCCGGCCAUCACCUUGAGGAUCGAGGAGACGGCCGGGCUGCGGCUUGAAUCGAGGAGGAGAAAUCUCCUACUAGCUAGACUUUCCGAUUUGUCCACGUAGCAACAUAAACUCUUUCUGUAGCUCGCAAAUCGCUCCAGCUGCCUGCACUUCAAAUAAUUCGCCAAAGGCCACAGCAUGAGAGGGCAACGAUAAUUUCAGCAUCAGUCUUUUUU